UUUACAACAGAUGGAAGAGACUACAAGUAGGCGUUAUGGCUAUAGGGGGUACUAUUUCCCCUCUCAGAUUGGCAAUGGAGAGGGCAGCAUAAGCAGGAGCGUCGUCUUCAUUGGUCAAACGAAGAAGAAUUUACCGCCGUACUUCCGGGUUUAUGCUGACGGGUCCCUCUUCUCCACGUACACCGACGUGUCAGUCCUCUUCUGUCCAGAGCUGAGCAGCAUUCAAGUCAGUCAUUUCGAAGACAUGGCACCUAAAGGCAGCAGCAAGCAGCAGUCAGAGGAAGACCUGCUUCUUCAGGACUUCAGCAGAAACCUUUCAGCAAAAUCCACUGCUCUGUUUUACGGAAAUGCACUCAUCGUCUCUGCCAUCCCCAUCUGGCUGUUUUGGAGGAUUUGGCACAUGGACCUUGUCCAGUCGGCAGUUUUGUAUGCUGUGAUGACUCUGGUCAGCACCUACCUGGUGGCCUUCGCCUACAAGAAUGUCAAGUUUGUUCUCAAACACAAGGUUGCCCAGAAACGUGAGGAUGCUGUUUCUAAGGAAGUAACCAGGAAGUUGUCUGAGGCAGACAACCGCAAGAUGUCCCGCAAGGAGAAGGAUGAAAGAAUCCUGUGGAAGAAGAACGAGGUAGCCGACUACGAGGCCACCACCUUCUCUAUCUUCUACAACAACACUCUCUUCCUGGUCCUAGUCAUCGUGGCCUCCUUCUUCUUGCUCAAGAACUUCAACCCCACUGUAAACUACAUCCUGUCCAUCAGUGCCUCCUCAGGACUCAUAGCUCUGCUGUCUACAGGCUCAAAGUAAAAGCAGAAGGAAAAAAGGGGUGGGACUAGGUAGAUGGGAAGGGAAAGGAAGGGGUCCAAAAUUGGUACACACAAUAUUGUUUUUCACUUAAGUUAGAAAAGGGUUCAAGGGAGGAUUGAAAUAUUACAUUUCAAUUUCAUGAAAUUCAUGAUCAAAUGUCUGCAGGGUGCUCCUCCAAAUCUGUCUCUGUCUUUUUGUAACAAAUAAAGCAAACUGGUUUAUUUGUC